UCGACGCCGGUGCCUCCACUUUCCUCGGGUUAUCGCGCGCGUGUGCGGGUGCGCGAGUGCGCGAGUUGUGCGCGACCUUUUUUUUAUUUUUUCCCUCCUAAACCUCUUUACGUACGUGUAGAUUGGAAGUGGUACGGGACGGCAGGUGUGCAUCUAAACGUGUGUACCCGCUGGUGGAUCUCGUUACAGCCACCCUUUUGUGGGGGGGGAAGGGGGUCCGGCCCCCUUUCUCGCGCGCCAAGUGAUGCUUGCCCGAUACAGGGCGCACGCGACAAACGCCUGAUAACUGCAUUCACGGUCACGGUAUCCCUUGAUAAAAGGUACAAAUAACAACCUUCGGUGUCAAUCCGUGGGGGAAUCGAACCGCGGCAAAGCAAAGCCUACGGUACAGUAACGCAUAUAUUCAAACAGCCGUGAUGGAGGGAAGGAAACAAGUGUGACAGUCGUCGGGGUGUACGAUGAUAUUUGCAAGUUUAGCGUUGACGGCAGGAAAAGUUGGCGAGUCCACCGGUGCCGGAAGAUGUAAGACUCAAGCUCCGCGAGUCCAAGAGGCGUAGCCGUUCUCCCUCGCAUCACACAAAGCGGCCCAAGGUUGACAACGACUCGACAGCAGCUGGCUGAGAAAACCCAAGCCCCGGAGAUAAAAGGAGGAUAGCAGGAAACAUGAGGCGCCAGUCGUUCUCGUCGAGUCUGUCGUCGGGCAGCGGUGGCGCGGGCGAGCCCCUGAUAGUCGUCGAAGAGAGUGCCCUCGGCGAGGAAGAGGAGACGGACAGGAGUCGCGGCGAGUCGCCACCCCCUGACUCGCCCUCGCUCAACCCCUACCUGUUGUCGCCCUGGAGGGAAACGCGCAAGCACUCCCUGCCCACGUUCCAGUGCACCUCUGGCAUCACCGCUUCACAGGUGCGCCGGCUGAGCGAGCGCGGGGGCGAGGGUUCGGGUCCGUCGUCGCGCGAGGCGGCCUUCCUGGCGACGCUGUCGCAGUCUCAGCCACCCCAGCCGGGCGGUCGGAGGCACAGCGUGGUCACGAUAUCGCGGGUACCACCGACCCUGUUCGGGCGAAACCGGCGCGAGUCGAUCGCCGCGUUUCCCAUGGGCGGCUCGACCAGGAUACUCGGGGCAAGGAGGGACUCGAGCGGCAUGCCCUCGGCACCCCCGAGCAACAGCGGCAGCACCCACAACCUCGCCCUCGACAUCAUGGACGACAUUGCCGAGAUCAAGGCUGCCAGGAAGGUGCGGCUAAAAAUGUGGAAAACGCCGUCGCACGAGCGGGUCUGCGAGGUCCAGCCACUGGAGGGGGGCAGCGGCGCCUCGGCCCAGCGUUACACGCAAAACCAGCAGCGCCGCUACUCGGACUUUACCCUGACGACGAUACCCGCCCUGGCCCCACUGGCCACGGCCCGGCGACGCGCCUCGGAAAUGCCACCCCGAGGGCCCAUGUUGCCCCCACCCAUACCCCCGAGAUCUGGCGUCCCGCCCAUACCGUGCACCAGCUCGGCGUCCGGCAUCGUGUGCACCAACACGGACCUCAUAUCGAUCCUGAGCUCGUUAACCUCGUCGGCUACGGAGAUCGACAGGUGCGGCGCGGACGACGAGUCCAGGGACGGCAAGCCGGGCGACGGCACCUCAACCAAGACGACGGUCGAGCACAAGAGAAACAGGACCUGGACGCCUCCGACAUCCAUACCGUCCACGACCUUGCACAAUAUGAACUCGUGA